AUGAAAGCAGUCACGCAGGCAUUCGUCGCUAGCUCUGUGGUCUUCUGUGGCGUCGCAGAGGCCAAAAGAAAUUACCAGCGAAGCUCGAAUUCGUCAUUCAACGUCUUGGAUUAUGUAGAUCCGUUGAUAGGAAGCGCCAAUGGAGGCCAUGUGUUUGCUGGCGCUUCGCUGCCCUUUGGCAUGGCCAAGGCAGUUGCCGAUUCGAACGCGGACAACCAAGGUGGCUUCGCCUCAGACAGUAGUAGCAUUACCGGGUUCAGCCAUAUGCAUGACUCGGGAACUGGAGGUGCCUCCUCGCUCGGAAACUUUCCUUUAUUCGCCAACCCAGGAUGCCCUGGAGACGACCUCAACCAGUGUGUUUACCGGAUCCAGAACAGAUCGGUGGGAUUUAGCAAUGAGACUCUUGUCGCACAGCCCGGAUACUUUAGCAUCGACCUUGACAGCGGAGUCAAGGGAGAAGCCACUGUGACGAACCACACUGCGCUAUAUAGAUUUACAUUCCCCAAAGACACGACUACUGCGCCUAUGAUUUUCGCUGAUUUGAUCGAUCUGCCGCUUAGUAGGUCGAAUGGCACGGCAUCGGUAGACCCGGAUUCUGGUCGUGUCUCUGGUUCUGGAACGUUUGUUCCAAGUUUCGGCAUUGGUUCCUAUGACCUUCACUUUUGUGCAGAUUUUUCGGGGGCCGACAUUCACGAUACUGGUGUAUUCGUCAACAACCGAGCUGGGAAUGAGCCCAAGACUGUGAAAACGCUGGACGACAGCGUCAAUGACAACGAUUCUCUCUCGGCGGGCGCAUUCGUCCGCUUUAAAGCCGGAACCACUUCUGUCAUUGCCCGGGUUGGACUAAGUUUCAUCAGCGUUGAGCAGGCGUGCUCCAAUGGCGAGAAGGAGAUUCCCAAAUUCGAUUUUGGUUCUACGAAGAAGGCAGCCCAAAAUAUCUGGAAGAAGAAGCUGGGCGUAAUCAGCGUCGAUGCUACUGGGGUGUCAACCGACCUGCAAACGGUAUUUUGGAGCGGUGCGUACAGGGCGAUGCUGAGCCCUCAGGACUAUACCGGAGAGAAUCCUCUCUGGAACAGCAGUGAACCGUACUACGACAGUUAUUACUGUAUCUGGGACUCAUACCGCAGCAUCCAUCAACUUUUGACUAUUGUUGACCCUCAUUCCCAGUCGCGAAUGAUUCGGAGCUUAGUUGAUAUUUACCGCCAUGAAGGGUAUCUCCCCGACUGCCGCAUGUCCUUGUGCAAAGGAUACACACAGGGCGGGUCCAAUGCCGACGUUUUGAUUGCCGAAGCAUACCUCAAAAACAUCACCGAUAUUGACUGGGCCACCGCAUAUGAAGCUGUCGUCAAAGACGCCGAAGUCGAGCCUGCUAACUGGGCUGUCGAAGGCCGCGGUGGCCUUGCCAGUUGGAAAAGCCUAGGCUAUAUCCCCACCGACGACUUUGAUCCGCACGGCCAGGGUCUUUUGACGAGGAGUAUCUCUCGGACGGUCGAGUAUGCAUACAAUGACUACUGCAUUGCCAUUCUUGCAAAGGCACUCGGCAAGUCUGACGACCACGACAAGUACAUCAAGCGUGCGACGAACUGGAACAACAUGUUCGACUCCAAAACCACGUCUCUUGGGUAUACUGGCUUCUUGCAGGUCAAGUACGCAAAUGGUACAUGGGGCUACCAAAACCCGCAACUCUGUACACCUUUGCUCGACUUUCCAGAGUGCUACCUCAACCCGGCAGGCCAUGAGACAUACGAAGGAAGUACCUGGCUAUACACAUUCUAUGUUCCGCAGGACAUGGCCUCGCUGAUUACGACUCUUGGAGGACGCGAGGACUUUGUCGACCGACUGACAUACUUUCACAAUUCUGGUCUGCUUUAUGUCGGAGACGAGCAAGCGUUCCUCACAGUUUAUCAAUUCCACUAUGCCGGACGACCAGGUCUUUCAGCCAAACAGGCGCAUGCAUAUAUCCCCUCGCAAUUCAAUACCUCAAUCUCUGGUAUCCCCGGUAACGACGAUAGCGGAGCGAUGGGAUCGUUCUCGACGUUGAGCAUGAUUGGACUGUGGCCGGUUCAUGGACAAGACGUGUACCUGAUCAGCUCUCCGUUCUUCAAAGAGGUAAACAUUACGCAUGGCAUUACAGGAAACGUGGCGACGAUCCGCAAUCCCAAUUUCGAUCCUAGUUAUACAAAUAUCUACAUUCAGAACGUGACCAGAGAUGGAAAAGCAUGGUCGAAGAACUGGAUCGAGCAUGCCUUUUUCGAGAAGGGCGGUGUACUUGAGAUCACUACAGGUGCUGACGAGAGUUCAUGGGGGACAGCCGUUGAGGAUUUGCCUCCUAGCAUAGGUGCAUACAAAUUCUAG